AUGAUCGUAACACAUUCCAAUCAUGUAACAAGGGGCACCAAGUUCUCCUAUAAAGACGAUAAUGAUUACAGUCUUCAACUGACUCGUUGGUUUCUGAUACCAAUCGGUGCUUGGCCGCAAAUAAGCACGGCGACAAAAGUGAAGAGACUCUUUUCGCAUAUACACAUUUUAACUUGCGCGUCUUUAAUAGCGAUCAUCAUGGUGCCAUAUUUGUUAUACGUGUUACUAGAAGAGAAAGAUUCCAAGAUUAAAUUGAACACCACAGUGCUUGUUGCAUAUGGAGACGGACUGGCGCGGGCGGUACGUUCGGAAAAUCGAGGAUUGUCAGGUAAUGAUACGACAGGCCAAGAUCAGUCGCUUCAUCUCCGGAUUCUGCGCGGUGUUUAUGCAAAGCGGCACAUUCCUCUUCGCUACUUCGAGGAUCGUCAGGUAAUGAUACGACAGGUCAAGAUCAGUCGCUUCAUCUCCGGAUUCUGCGCAGUGUUCAUGCAAAGCGGCACAUUCCUAUUCGCUAUAGCCAAAUCGCUGUCAACCACUAUCGUCAUCGUGGGCAAUGAAACUGUCUCGAUGCCCUGCCCAACGUAUACCAAGUUUAUCGAUACGAGAUUCUGUCCCGUGAAUGAGAUUAUAGUGGGUGUAGAGUGGUUAUAUAAACAGGUAGAUGUUUGA